ACCCACCCUGCCACUAUAGGCUAUAUAAAAAAGUGUCUGCUUGUAGGAUAACUCUUGUGUGAAGGUAGCGUCGCAGCAUCUGGUCAUUUUUUGCAAUUUCAUUUUAAAAUAUUUAAGUUUCAUAAUGGAAACAACCAAAGUGAUGUUUCAAGUGGUCGUGUUAAUGUUUGCAGUGGUCUCUCAAGUAUCAACUGCAGAUUACAGCGGGGAAGAUAGGAGAGGCCAAUCUUUCCUUGGAGUUGACCACAGCUUUUCGAAGUUUGUCGGGGCCGACUUGCGUGGCAGCAACUUCAUCGGGGCAAAUUUCAGUUUUUCCGACUUUGGGGGUUCCGACUUUCGAGGGUGUGAUUUUAACGGAUGCAUCUUCAGCGUUUCUGACUUCGGAGGUGCUUUGUUCUCAGGUUCCCACUUCCGAGGGUCAGACUUCUCAUUCUCAGAUUUCUCCGGAAGCGACUUUUCAGGCUCAGAGUUCACAGGGUCAGAUUUCACCCAUUCGAAAUACAACGGGGCAGAUUUUACCGGCUCCUCAUUCCGUGGAUCAACGUUUGCUUCAUCUGCAUUCAACAGCUCCGACUUCAGCGGUUCCGAGUUUCUUGGAUCGAGUUUCGCAACAUCCGAGUUUAUUGAUGGUGAUUUUUCCGGAUCCACUUUUGUCAACUCCGAAUUUACUGGAAAAAAUUUCGUCAAAGAAAGGCCAUAAAUGUGCCUAUUUGAAUGAAUGUCGUGUAUAUAUUUCACUUACAAACAUUUCAAACAAAGUUUCUUUGUAUUGCAGUUACAAAACCGUAACGUUUAAUGUUUCUUUUAUACAAUUCUCAAUCAUAAAAAUGUUGAAAUAUUAAACUUUGUAAAAUUCGAAAUGCUUAUAUACAUUUCUAUCUGCGUCAACUGCAGCGUAAUAACUGUAAAAGCCCCAAUAAACAUAAUGUGACAAUGAUAAUACUAUGUUCGUACUUACAAACGACACUCGUCAUGUUUACACGUUCUUUAAAGUGUAUUGCUAUGAGCAGAGUCUUGUUAUCUAAAUAGUAAAUACAAUACACAGUUCGCUGCUGA